AGCAAUUUGAGAAGGUAGUUUAGAGUUGCGAUUUUAUUGCUUCUUUAAAUCACCCUUUAUAUUCUGCAACACGAGUCCCCCUUCAUUUUCGCAUUCGCCAUCGACUGAUUCAUUAAAAAAAAAUGUCAGCUAAAUACAUCAUUGGUGCUGGAUUUGGAUCUCUUGGUAUUGCAUAUGUUUGUGAUAGUUUGGUUUCUGAUUACAAAAUCUUUGGAGGUUCAACUCCAAGCACUAUAACCAACAAAGAGUGGGAGCGGGAGACGGACCGGAAAAUGGACGCAUGGCCGCGCACUGCUGGCCCUCCCGUGGUCAUGAACCCCAUCAGCCGCCAGAAUUUCAUCGUCAAAAAUGAAUAAGGAAAAUGCUCCUUCACUUAAUAUUUUUGGAAUUUGCUGUUUCUUUCCUUAUUCCAUGUUGCAUUGCACAAGCAUUAAGCAGCAAAUAAGUGUUUGUGGGAAUUUUGUUUCUUCACUAUGAAUUUGUUCUUGUUUCUUUCUAUACGAAACAGAUUAUUGCUAUGUGUUUACUGAUUGAGGCCA